ACUUGCAUAUCUCUUCUUCAUAUAGAUUCGAUUAGGUAACGUCUUGGUCUGAUACUCCGCUUCUAUAGCCUUCCACAUAGCCAAUGUCGUUGGCUCAUGCAUGACCUUUCGUAGAAUAAGAUCAGAUAGACACAUACUAAUCAGAUUCUUUGUACGCAGCUCCCGGUCUUGCUCCUUAGGAUCAGGUUUAGCAUCCUUCUGUUCUUCACCUUCAACAUCCAUAGAAGGAGUUUUCUCCUUAAGAACAGAACCCAAACCUACUAUCUCAAGCUGACAUAGCAUCUUAUACUUCCAUAUACCAAAGUCACCCUUACCAUCGAACUUCUCCACUUCAAAUUUCCCUGAAGUUGCUUCCAUCCUCUAUUAACCCGUAAACUUUGUUUCCUUGUUUGCAGAUUGUUGUAACACGCCGUGACCGUCAAGUUUCAAUACCAACGAGCUGAGUAUGAGCUGAGUAUUCUUCACCACACCAGAUAAGAAUUCUCCUUGCUUGUUUAUUGAACCUUGCCUUCGAAUCUCUGUAACUUGGAUCUCUAUUAACCUGGCUCUAAUACCACUUGUAGAGAAUCAACCUUGGCUAUUCUUGUAACAAACGAAUCGACACACCAAUAUGUUUGGCGAGUUCUCUCCAAACCGGAGACAAACUCUAUAUCACUAUGAAUCGAAAAGAUUACAAGCCUCGCACUAGUUACGUGUUCUAUGAGAGAUUAUAUGUUUUGUUGUCGUAUCUAACAAUGGGAGCCUAGACCUCUAUUUAUACAAGAUUGUCUAAUGUGAUUCCUUGUUGUAAAAUGAAUAACAUGUUUAUCCUAAGUUUAUAAGGUUUUAUAAACUUCUUGGAUAAGGAUAAAUCUAACCCAAUCUUCUUAUCUCUCCAGGUCUUGUACGAAGUCCAGUAGCCGGCCCAGGAUGCCCCAAGAGACAUCGAGACCUCACAGAAAGAAAUGAAUAUUCUCUCUUUAUCAUUCAUUUAACCUUUGAUUCUCUCCCUUUCUAUUUCAGUUUCUAAAAUUUGAUAAUAUUAGUUUUUGUCCUCUUAAAAUGCAAAUUUAUAUAUAUAUGAGUGAUAAAGAGAGAAUAGCCAUUUCUUUCUUUUUGUUUUGUUUCAUUGCAUGAGGACGUAGGUUAUUAGCUUUUCUUUUGCAUAAAUAUAUCGGUUGAUUUGGAUAAUUUUUAAUAUUUCAGAUAACAAUUAUUUUGAUAAUUCAUCUUUUGGAUAAUCCGGUUUAUAGAUAAUAUUUUUAGGCUAUUUGGUUAUUUAUUAAUUAAAUAUAGUUAAUAAUUUUAGGAAUAUAAUUUGUAUUUUGAAAUUCGGUUACUCAUUCGGUAUUCGGUUCAGUUUCAGUUUUUUUUUUAUUCUAGAAAUAUAGAAUCCGUUCGGUUAUUUAUGAAAUUUAGUUUGAUUUCAGUUCCGAGCCUAUAUGUUACUGUUAAAAUAAAAUUUGGAAUAAUUGAUUUUUGUUUAACAAAAUUUGAUUGCACAGAAAAGCUAAUUGUUACAAAUUUAUUUAGAAAAUUAUUUCACAAAAUAAUGAAAAUUAACAAUUGAACCGCAUGUGAUGACACGAUAUAUUUUCUUUAUACAUUAGAAAUUGUGGCACAGACUUAUUAAGAACGUGAAUUACGUAAAACCAGAGGAUAAAAGAUUGUAAAUGCGAUAUACAAUUUUCUUAAUAACAAAAGAAAAAAAGAAAGAACAAGAAUAAAGACAGAGAAAGAAGAACCGAACAAAGGAAUGAGAAAUGGCGUAUCGGAGAAGACAAGGGGUCACAAGAGCUUCCACAUUCAACGACGAUAUCUAUCAUCAAACACCUGAUCACGAUUACGGCGAUCUCAAAGGUCACUCGAAUGGCAAAUCCUCCUUCAGAUCAUCUCAAUCUUUCUCUUCUCAUUCCUCUCUUGCCGCUCAAGCAAUCCGCGCUUCCUCUUCUCUUAACCCUAAUUCCAAUUCUCAGGUACGAGGAUUCACGGCUUACGAAGAUGCGGCCAAGAGUGAAAGCCGCGGUUUCUGGGGAAUCCUAGCUCAGAAAGCCAAAUCAAUCCUCGAGGACGAAGAAGAAGAGCAGCAAAACGUCGUCGUUUCGGAGCCCUCGAGUAAUAAUAGCAAUCCAACCAUACGCAAAAGCAUAGACAAGAUCACAACGUCGCUGAAUCAGAUCGGAGACAGCUUCGAGAAAGCGUUCGAGGAAGGCCGUACGAUGGUAGCUUCUCAGAUCAGGCGAAAAGGAUCAGACCUAAUGGAUAUACCAGAGAAUCACAAUCAAUCCUCAGGUUCAAGCAGUCCAUGGCAGCCAUUAACGCAACCUAACCCACAUGAGUCUCAGCUCAAAGCCUCACGUGACGUAGCCAUGGCUACAGCAGCCAAAGCCAAGCUCCUCCUACGCGAACUCAAAACGGUUAAAGCCGACCAAGCUUUCGCUAAACAACGGUGCUCGCAAUUGGAAGAGGAAAACAAACGGUUAAGAGAUAACCGGGAGAAGGGAACCAACAAUCCUGCCGAUGAUGACCUAAUCAGGCUUCAGCUUGAGACGUUGCUUGCGGAGAAAGCAAGAUUAGCACAUGAGAACUCUAUCUACGCGAGAGAGAACAGGUUCUUGAGAGAGAUCGUUGAGUAUCAUCAGUUGACGAUGCAAGAUGUUGUUUAUAUCGAUGAAGGUAUUGAAGAAGUGGCUGAGGUGAAUCCUUCGAUUACGAGGACGCUCUCAAUGGCUUCGUUCGCUGCUUCUGAAUUCCCUGUGAACUCUUCUUCUCCUUUGUCUCCAUCUUCGCCUUCUCGGCUUUCGGUUUCUACGGAUGUUUAUCCUGUUUUGGUUCAGCAGAGUUCGGCUAGUGAUGUUGGUGGUAGUGCUGAUGAGAGUCCUAGACCGGUUCGACCACCUUCUUUGGGAUACACGGAUGAUGGUAAAAUAUCAUUGUCACAGAUGUCUGUUUAGAAAUCGAAGAGUUGAUUACUUAUUACCAUUUUGAUUUUUUAUCUGCUUCGAAAGUUUUCUUCUUGUUAACUUGAUUUCAUUUUUGGUUGUCGAUUGUAAUAUUGAUGAACAGUUUUGCCCUCUACAUCCACGUAAAUCUCUAAAGGGAGUUUUAUUGA